CGUCUUCUUCUUGCUGCGUGAGAGACUGGAGUGACCCAGCCGCUGGAAGCAGUCCUGAGCACCGUCAGAGCCGACAUGAGGCUGGGACCGGCCACUCUCCUGUGUUUCUUCAGCUUUGUGUGGCUGUCGGACUGCGCGCCCCCGACCUGCUACUCCAGAGCGGUCGGCCUGAGCAAAGAAGUCAUGGCUCUGCUUGAUAAGAUCCACACCUACCACCGCACGAAGACGUGUGCUGACGUUCUGCCCACCAUCUUCCUUGACGUGCAUAACGCGUGCAUCACAACCAAGCUCCGGGACUUUCUGUAUGUGGUGCUGAACCAUCCUAACCAGUACUGCAGAGAGCGUCCCAGGAUGGUGCUGCUGAAACGUAAAAUCCAGAACUUGUACACCAUCAUCACCAGAAUGUGUUAUCGGGACCUGGUGUUUUUCACAGAUGACUGUGAGGCUAUUGAUACCGGCCACAGCAGCCCUUACUAUGCCGAGGACAGGCUCCAGCUGCUGCAAGAGGAGAGAUGAGCAACACACGACAGACACGCAUUGAUCUAUUCAUAAAACCACAUACUGUAUGCUGAAUGGUAAAGCGUGCACAAUACACACAGCAGCCUGCACCGCAUUAGAUGCAUCAUAAGCAACACAAACAGUGCUGUUUCAUGUCGCACCCAGUUGGCUCAGCGUUGGCUGCACACUCAUGUUAGUGGACAUGUGUGGCCGCAUUCCAGCAAUGAGUGCAGAACUUUCCACAGGAAAUUUGCUGAAUGCCAACCAUGCCGAAGAAAACCUUGGACUAAUAAACCAAUAAGAGAUGCUUGUGAGCCGGGCUUAACCGCUGCUUACUUACCAGGGCUGAUCAAAGCUUCAUGUGUCAUUAAAAGAAAUAUGUUGUGUUGCCAUAACCCUUGGUCUGACUAACAUGUCUUAAAGGAGCACUGUACAGCGUUUUGUAAAACACGGUGGUUGAAAAUGUUACGUAAGAAAUAGAUGUUCCAGGCGUUGCUUUCUCACACUCGGCCGUACGGUGCGUUCCCUCAGAGGUUUCCCACACAGAAAGUUGCUUUUUUAACUUUUGUUUCAUAUGAAAGAUGUUAGGACAGUGCUGCUGCUUGUAGUGAGGCUGAACAACAUAAACACUUUCAUGGCUUUCAGCAGAUUGGAUAUAAAGUAACAGUGCCUUCACUGCACAGACAUAUAGAAACUGCUGUUCUUAUGCAGAGUUCAUGACAAUCUAUACAUGUAAUAAAACCUCUCUUUAUGUAUCAGCUUGUCCUGUUGUCUGAACUAUUUGUCUGUCUAUUUCCAAAGUGUCUGCGAGUCGACUCUGGGAAACACCACACGAACCAUUUAGAGCACACUGGCUCAUGUCCAGUCUGUGAAUCAGCAUGAUUCCUUUUCUGAAAUUUAAAACAGGAGUGAGGUUAUUUUCACCCCGACUGACACCCAGCAUGUGAAAAUUUUAUUGUUAUAGAAACAGUAUGAAGUUUUCGAAUGUCGCUGCGGGACUGGAAGGCAGCUGUAUUAUAAGUAACCUUUGUUUUAAAGUGCAAAAGCAUUUUGUCUCUGCAAAGCAAAAUAAGCUGGUUGCGUCUUGAAAAUGAAAAUGUGAUAAAUGAAGCAAAGUGGGUCCUACACAAACCACAGUCUCCACUCUCUCAUUGUGCAUUCAAAAGACAAAAACACAAAGAAAUAAUAACUCGCACAGUGAGGGAAUGUAGAUGUUUCUUUGGCGUCAUUAUUUCCUCCACCAUUCGAGCUCUCUGGAGAAGUAAUGGCGCAGCUGCCAUUAUUUUCAGAACAGAGUUCUGACUUGUUGCACUUGGCAACAUGUCAGCCUCUCUCCUUUAAUGUGUGGCCUCUGCUGCCCUCCCUUGGCCACACUCUGAUCUGCACACAGAGGUUGUUCUCAGUGUUUUCCAUGCAGACAUAUUCAACGUGUUCUGUGAUUUUAGGCCCAUUUCAACCUAAAAUAUGGAACAAAUUUACUUAUUUUUCUGUUUCUUUUUAUAUCGUGUUUUGCAAUAAAGAAAAUAUUCCUGUUUUACCUGA